UUCCGAAACAACCCCAACGAUGGCAAGGGCGAAAAUUGCAACUCAACCGAUGCCUUGUUAUCGAAAGUAUUGCAUGAAUUAGGAGCUUCGGGAGUGGAAACGGAUCCACAAGACUCGACAAAGAUCUAUUCUUGUAGACGAUAGUCUGCAGCGUACAGUGGCGUUUGAAAAUAAAAAGUGUCUUUCGCAACAAUGCUAAUGCAAUCUCGGAGAGUAUUUGCAUGUCCCUCACCUGGGCAUUCAUUCCAAAAGGAGGCGACCAAAGCCGCUGCCUUGAUUGAUUCCAGGCAGACCACCGCUGGAGCCAGUUCGUAAGAAAGACAAUGGGUGACCACACCAAGAAGAAGAAGAAAGACAAGAAGACCAAAGGGGACAAAGAUGCGGCGAAGACUGCGGGCGGAGGAAUGUUUGCAACAUUUGUAAAGACCAAGGAAAAGACCAAGAAUAAGGACAAGAAGAAAGACAAGAAGAAGAAAAAGAAGAGUGACAAGAAGGACGAGAAACAAGGAAUCAAAUGGGAGUCGCCCGAACAUUCGUCCAAAGUGGGGGGCAAGAAGAAAAAGAAAGUCAGGCUUGUUACGGAUGAGAAACACAUCAGGGAAGAAGAGAAGCAGAAAAUGCCUCGAGUUCAGCAGCCAAUGUCUCGAGUUCAGCAGCUACGAGAGCAAGAAGAUCAAGCGAGCCUCGAACCGCAGGUAGACCAAGCCAGCCUCGCACCACACGUGGAGCGAGAAAACUUUGUAGAACAGGAACAAAGGGAGAUCGACAACAUUGAACGCCACAGACAAGAGCAUGAAGCGGAGGAGUCUGUUGCUCAAGACAGCAUUGAGCUACAUCGAGAAGUGUUCGAAGAGGCUCAGAGCCUGAAGCUUCACGAAUGGUACGAAGAGGAGAGCUUGGCAGCUGACCUGGAAAGCCUCAAGCGCAAGCCCUGGUAUCAACAGAUGAAAGAACGAGAGGAAAACGCGAUGGUACAAGCAUGCUACAACGCGGUAGGGAUUGCACCAUCGCCCAUGGCAUUCCAAGAAAUUGAAGAAGAGGAGGACGACGAGGACGACGAAGAGGACGAGGAGGACGAUGUGACCGACCUCGCCGAUGCCAACGAAUAUAAUCACCAGCACCAGGAGCAGAGACCCUAUUUGCAAGUGGGCGAGGAGAACGCUUCCAAUGACGUGACGGAAGGCGAUGACACUGCUGAGCGUACGGCAAGCACUUCCAGCAGUAGCAGCAGUGAUGAAGACUCGGUAGAUGCGGCAAACGAAGCCUACCAAUUUGCUCUAGGUCGUCAGGACGGAAUGCGUCUCGACUUUAGCAGAUUCGAUGCUCCCAGACCCAUACCGUUGGAGGACGAUCGUGAGCGGUUGGAAUAUGCCCGUCGCAGUGUGGAGCGCAUGAUGAAGAUCGAGGAACUUCGCAAAAGUCGUGAAGAACUCAGAUCCAAAUUGGAAGAAAAACGGCGACGUCGCAAAGAGCGCUAUGAGCGCAUUCAGAAUGGCGAGCUGACGCCAAAGUCACUGAAACGACAUCAUGGCACACUGAAGGAAGACGUUUCCCUUUUGUCUUAUCCCGAAACAUUUCUUGUGGACUUGACCAACAUCAACGACAACUAUCGACACAACGGCUAUGCUCAACACCGAGUGAAGGAGAGGGAGCAAGAACCGCAAUACCACUUUAGCCAUGGCGACCACCUCCUGUCGUUCAAGGUUCAAAGUUUCCAGGAAGAGAUUCCUGUGAUUGUCGACUUGUCCAACCAACGCAAGCCGCAACAGAUUCUAGAUUUGACGAAUAUCGAAGAACCACCGCUCCAAGUCCACGACCCAUUUACCCAUCACUUGGUGCCACCUCUUCCACCCAACCACAGAAUAGGUUAUUUGCGACGAGAUCGGGAAGAAAAGCUACAUGAAAUGACGCAAAAGUACCAGGAGGUGAUCCACAAGAAGAUCUCCCCAAAGGAAAGACGCGACGAAGCCUUGACAACCUAUCAACGGUUGAUGGAACGAGUCACUCGCAAUGUUCGUAAGAAUGUUUGCGUGUAGCUCUAGCUAGCAAUAAACGGAAAGGGCCCGAUUCUAGUGUUGGCAGGAACAUGUACAGUACUUUUCCGUUCCAAACAAACAACAGUUCCCUUGCGGUGUCAUCUAUUAAUAAGAUUCUCCUUCUUCUUGACC